AUGUCGGAUUCAUCCCGCGGAGUACCAAGCCCGGGUCGCGAACCACCGCCAGGGCCUAGGCCGCGCGACGCGCUUCUCACCGCUCCGGAUGCGGACGAUACGGCCUCGGCAACAGCGACGGCCGAGAGAGACGACCCCGGCAUCGGGUCUCUUACACCCUUACUUGCGAUUCGGACGCGGCAAGCUCCCCAUGAGACGAAGAGCCGCAAUGACACUUCAGGGAGCCCCUUCUUCGACGUCCUUACACCGGACCUGCGCUACUACAUCUACCAGCUCGCUUUUGGCCGCAAAAUCCUCCAUCUCUACCUCUUGUACCGGCGCAGCCUUCAGCCGGAUGUGCGGUGGCGGAAGGGUCACCAGCCCGUGCCGGCUUGGUACCCUCACUCACCCGGCGUAUCGCCCAUGGACCCGCCUUCCGCCGAUGCCAGCAUGACGCCGCAGUGGUACUGGUGGAGCUGCGUGUGUGGCCCGGAGAACCGGUGUCUCGAGACAAAGCUGUCUGACCAGUGUCCUAGGGGGUUCUUCCAGACAUGCGGUCCUAAGGAGACGUAUCUGGGUAUUCUGCCGUGGCUGCUGACAUGUCGACAAGCGUACGAAGAGACGAUCAAGGUCUUGUACGCGAGCAACACGUUCAAGUUCGAGCAGCGGCUCGAGGCCAUGUACUUUCCCUACGCCAUUGCGACGCCGAAGCUGAAUUGGAUCACGUCGCUGGAGAUGCGGAUCCCGGACCGUGACGAGUCCCUUAUCGACCGAUCACUGGACAAGGCACCGCAGCCGUCGACUGGUGCGCCUUUGAUUAGCGAACUCCGGGCUUUGAGUCCCCGAGAUCAGUAUCUGCACAUCGUCAACAGCAUCGCGCCGACCUUUCCCGCAUUGCGCCGGCUGCACAUCUCCUUUGAGGGCUCCGUUCGGCGGGUCCCGGUACCGCGGCCGCACGUGACGACACUCCUGAUCUCGACCCUCGGCGAGGUCGAUGCGGGCGAGCUCGAGUCUCUCGUGCUGGGUCCCAUCGAUGCCAUGCCCAAAGGAAUCGAGAAACAGAUUCUGUUCUACCAGUCAUUGUAUACGGCACUGCUGGCUGCGGCAAGCCAGACGGGUGAGGUCAAAGAGGUGGAACACCUGCGGAGCGACGGGCGUCCUGGAUGGACCAAGUUCUGGCGUUCGUUGGAGACGGCAGAGGAUAGCAGGGCGGGCUACUGGGUUUGCAAGCAUGGUUGA